UGGUAAAGGCCAGUGGCGUCAGCAAAUCCACGUGGAGCUGGUUUUUAAAAGAAGCCUCUGGCUGUCAAACCUGCUCUUCUCUCCACCACGGGGACAGGAAGCAGACUUCGCUUUUUUGGGACCAUUACCCCUCCACCCCCUGACUGCCUCACAGUCAUAGUCGAGAGGUUCAGAGAGGAGGUGGACGAUAGCCAUGAAGUGGGGCUGGACAAUAUUGGGGGUCCUCCUCUCCUUGGCGGCCCUGUCCUGGGAGAAGGGUCUGGAGAUCCCAGAGUAUGACGGCAAGGACCGCGUUCAUGCCCUCAGCUCCAAGAACUACAAGUCCGUCAUGAAGAAAUAUGACGUGAUGGUCAUCUACUACCACAAGCACGUGGACGGAGACCGCAAUGCCAUGAAGCAGUUCCAGAUUGAAGAGCUGGCGCUGGAGCUUGCAGCCCAGGUUCUGGACGAUCUGGAUGAUGCAGACAUUGGAUUUGGCUUGGUGGACGAAAAGGAGGACCUUGCAGUGGCAAAGAAGCUUGGCCUGGACGAGGUCGAGAGCCUCUACAUUUUUGCAGACAACGAAAUCAUUGAGUAUGACGGCGAGCUGGCGGCGGACACUCUGGUGGAGUUCCUCUAUGACGUGAUCGAAGACCCUGUGGAGAUCAUCGACAACGAGCGGGAGUUGAAGGGCUUCUAUAACAUGGAUGAGGUCAUCAAGCUGGUGGGCUACUUCAAGAGCGAGAAAUCCCCUCAUUUCAUCGAGUAUGAUGACGCUGCUGAGGAGUUCCACCCCUUUGUCAAAUUCUUUGCCACCUUUGACCCCAAGAUUGCCAAGAAACUCAAGCUGAAGAUGAACGAAGUCGACUUCUAUGAGCCCUUCAUGGAUGAAUCUGUCACUAUUCCAGGGAAGCCCUACACCGAGGCCGAGCUGGUGGAGUACAUCGAGCAGCACGACAGGCCCACUCUGAGGAAGCUGGAGCCUCACAGCAUGUACGAGAUCUGGGAGGAUGACAUCGAUGGAGAGCACAUAGUGGCCUUCGCCGAGGAGGACGACCCAGAUGGUUUUGAGUUCCUGGAGCUCCUGAAGGAGGUGGCACGAGAGAACACUGACAACCCCAAUCUGAGCAUCAUCUGGAUCGAUCCUGACAACUUCCCCCUGCUGGUUCCUUACUGGGAGAGGACCUUUCGCAUCGACCUCUCCUCCCCUCAGAUCGGUGUGGUGGACGUGGAAGACGCGGACAGUGUGUGGAUGGAAAUGGACGACGAGGAUGAAAUGCCCACGGCGGACGAGCUGGAGCAGUGGAUUGAGGACGUUCUUUCGGGAAAGAUCGACCCUGAUGACGACGACGAGGACGAUGACGAUGAUGACGACGACGAUGACGACGACGACGACGACGAUGAUGACGACGAUGAUGACGAUGAUGAUGACGAUGAUGACGACGAUGAUGACGAUGAUGAUGACGACGAUGAUGAUGACGACGACGAUGAUGAUGAUGACGAAGACGACGACGACGAAUAAAAACAUCGCUGCCAUUUUCCAGUUCAGUACAUCUGAGACUUGUACCAAUUUUUCAGACACCUUAUGUCAGUUCCUGUUCUUGUCAACACCAGAUGGAGCCGUCAAUAUCAGUCAAAAGGGAGAAACCGCUGAAGCGGUUCAAGCGGUGUUGUCUUAUCACUGAAUUAAAACCCCCGCUUGUUUGCUUGACAAGCUAACUGACGUUUUUGUACCUCGUGUCACAUGACCACAGUUCAUGCACCUUCCUCACCUUCUUUUUUCUUCACGCAGGCCUUGAACUUUUUUUUCUUUUUUUUUACCUGAAAAGAGAAAAAUCAAAUGCUUCCUUGUAAUUGUCUCAAAGGUAACAAUAAUAAAAAAAACUGGGAGAGCCCUAAGAUGAGAAUGUUGAGAAUGUGAUUCAUCAAGUGGGUGUUUCUGCUUGUGGUUGUGGCCAGUGUGUG